AUGGCCACCUCCGCGUUCCUCAGGGCUGCGAGGCGGCGGGAGCUCCAUGCGCCGCUGAGUACCCUUCGAUCCGUAUGUUCUCUCCCUCUAGUUUCUAUACACCCACCUUUAGCAAGCUGUACUCGGACUAGAAAGUUUGGUUACGCUUCCUUUGUCUCGUCCCCCCAAGCCUCUCGGUAAUCGAUGUUUCAUUUCGUUUUCUUUCUAGGUCUGGCCUGGUUUUCUCUCAGUAGUGGUUCUUAUUCGUCACGGUAUUAACGGUAUAACCAGCUGCUAUAAAACGGUCCAUAAUGGGAUGCACUGAUCUUUCCGCUCGCUAACGGUUUAUUGACUUAACAUAAUUUCUGGCCCGUCUAAGGUGAGAAUUCCUUGGAGGGCAGGAUUGAUCCGUUAAUCAGUUGAUCAACUUAGCUUAGCUUCAACCAACCUCCGCCAUGUUGUUUUUUCUUGUCUUCUAUGUUAUCCUGCCGGUUUGAUCCUUCGUCUACCCGUUGUGCAAUACGCACGUACUCAGUUCUGAUUUCCAACGUGUGUCAACGUUCAUGGAGGUAUUAGUCUGUCUAGUAUGGGAAUUAAUGAGAUCAGGAAAUCGUGUUUGUUUAGGCUAAUGUGAUAUUCCCUAUCUCAAUGAGGUAAUGACCGUAUGAUCGAUUUGAUUUUAAAUUUUUUUCAGGGUUGAUGUGUCUGUUUAAUGAGACUUUCUGUAAAAGCCCUAAUGCGAGAAUCGUAUCUAGUGAUGUUCAAAAUUAUCCUAUAAGGAAAUCGAACUCACAUGUUCUGUCAGUGCUUUAUGCAAAUAUCAAUCUUUUACUCCCAAGUUGUGCGUGGGAAUCGCUACCAGCCGUGCAGGAUUACUUGCUGGUCGGAAUAGAUAUGUUGAACCUGACUCCGUCGGGAGAUUAUUGAUUCCCAUUUGUCCCGUCCCAGCCUCCAACCCAGUUCUUCACUGGAGCAACUUCAUUGAAAAUUGGAUCCUUCCGCUGACAUAUGAUGAAAAUACUAGUGUAGCAGUCGAUGACUAUUUUUAUCUAACCGUCCUUUAAUUACCGUGCCUUUGAGGAUUCCUUAAAGAUCGUAUCUCUCGGGAAUAGUUUUGUUGUACUCUGCACGUUGGAAACAGACCUUACUCCUGCUCUAUUUUUUCUUAUACACGAGUUUAAGAUGUAUUCGCAUGCUCUGUAACUUAUCAUGUUGUAGAUGUAUAUAGCUACUUUAUUAGAGGUUUGACUCUUUGUGUUUCCUUAGCCUCUCACGCACUUAUAAUUUGAUGUGUAAUUCUAUUUUCUUCUGCCCAAGGCAGUACCUAACUAAGUGCGAUGGAAAUGUCAUUUAGUGGAUUCAACCACCUUUCAUGUUAUCGAUUUUUGCUAUUCUUUUCGAAAUGUGGCUUCUAAUUUGUAACAAAAAAUAUUUAAUUUACUGGGUGGGAAAAGUCCAAGAUUUGGGAUAAAGUAUUAACCCCUAGUCCAGAGAAGGUAAACUAUUUUUCUGGUCAUCAUUGAGAGCCACACAACGUGACUCUUGCAGGACACCGGGUGUUGGUUUCUCUUUACAGUUGUAAAAAAAUGUGGCAUCUGACUGCUCAUUCUCCUAUGUUCUCAUUGCAUGGUCUUGAAAAGUUGUGUUAUCAAGCUAUCUGAUAUAUUUGCUUUCGUUAGUUCUUAUCGAGUACUCGUGUUAUUUAUUUUGAACUAGUUUAAGGGAUCUAAGAGUUUUUUAUGUCGCUGUUUCAUCCUAUGUUUUCUUUGCUGUUUGUAAAAGAUGCGGAAGAUUGUUUGGUAAUAGUAAAUUUUCCUUGGCUGGAAGGACGAAUUUAGUUCUCCUUGUUAGAUAUCUAGGUUAACGCAGGUUAAAGUUUUACCUUAACGAAUUUGGAUAGUGUUCGAAAUACGAAAGGCUGUCUCGCCUGUGUUUCUACAUGCUUUAACAAGCUUUUCAUCACAUAGAUUGAGUAUGCGCUGGCGUAGUAUUGAUUACAAUUACGGUUUGAUGGGCUCAUUUUCCUCGUCAAAGAAUUUUUUCAGUAAUUUAAUAUAUAUUUCAACAAUUUGGAGCAAAACAGCGAAUAAGUGAUAGCAUUUUUCGUUGCAGGUUUCUAGCAAUCCAAAAGCAUCAUGGACUGUUUUUGGUCACAGAUGGACAGGCUUAACUAGGCCGUUCAGGUAACAAUGAACAUGAUAUUCAAUAUCAUGCAUAAUUGGAUAGCUUUUUUGAGAUGCCUGUGGCUAAAUCGAUUUUUGUUACUUCAGUGCAAAGUCUACCAGUAAUGAUAUAAUUGGAAUUGACCUGGGAACAACAAAUUCUUGUGUGGCAGUCAUGGAAGGAAAGGUUAGCUAUGUGAUGUUUUCCUCGUGCACUUAUUUUUUUAAUUUGUAUGAAAUACUUCAUUCUACCGGUCCUAUUGCAGAAUGCAAAGGUCAUUGAGAAUUCUGAGGGGUCAAGGACCACACCUUCAGUGGUUGCUUUUAACCAAAAAGGAGAAUUGCUAGUUGGAACACCGGCAAAGCGUCAGGCUGUCACUAAUCCGACAAAUACUCUUUUUGGAACGAAGCGCCUGAUUGGUCGUCGUUUUGAGGAUCCUCAGACUCAGAAGGAAAUGAAGAUGGUUCCUUACAAGAUAGUAAAGGCUCCUAAUGGUGAUGCAUGGGUGGAAACUAAUGGACAGCAGUAUUCUCCUAGUCAGAUUGGAGCAUUUGUUUUGACAAAAAUGAAAGAAACUGCCGAGGCGUAUCUUGGUAAAAGUGUUUCAAAAGCAGUGGUUACAGUUCCAGCUUAUUUCAAUGACGCACAAAGACAGGCUACAAAAGAUGCGGGGAGAAUUUCGGGUCUUGAUGUGCAGCGUAUCAUUAAUGAACCCACUGCUGCUGCUCUCUCUUAUGGGCUUAAUAACAAGGAGGGUCUUAUUGCAGUUUUUGACCUUGGAGGGGGAACAUUUGAUGUCUCAAUUUUAGAAAUAUCAAAUGGUGUUUUCGAGGUAACAGUUUCGGCCUGGUAACUCGUACAAUUUUCAGCUUUUAAAUUCUUAUAAUAUUUUCCUGUUUUACAGGUGAAAGCAACUAAUGGUGAUACUUUCUUGGGUGGAGAGGACUUUGAUAAUGCUCUGUUAGACUUUCUUGUUGGUGAAUUUAAGAGAACUGAGAGCAUUGAUCUCUCAAAGGAUCGGCUUGCACUACAGAGGCUUCGAGAAGCAGCUGAGAAGGCUAAGAUAGAACUCUCAUCUACAUCUCAGACAGAGAUAAAUCUGCCGUUCAUCACAGCUGAUGCCUCGGGUGCUAAACAUUUGAAUAUUACACUGACACGGUCCAAGUUUGAAUCUUUAGUGAACCACUUGAUUGAGAGAACUAGAAACCCUUGCAAAAACUGCCUGAAGGAUGCUGGCAUCUCCACGAAAGAUGUUGAUGAAGUUCUUCUUGUUGGUGGGAUGACCAGAGUUCCUAAGGUUCAGGAUAUAGUCGCAGAGAUUUUUGGAAAGCUUCCAAGCAAGGGAGUGAAUCCAGAUGAGGCAGUCGCGAUGGGUGCUGCGAUUCAGGGAGGCAUCCUCCGAGGAGAUGUUAAAGAGCUGCUUCUGUUGGACGUUACUCCCUUGUCACUUGGUAUUGAAACAUUGGGUGGCAUCUUCACCAGAUUGAUCAACAGGAAUACGACUAUCCCAACAAAGAAAAGUCAGGUAAGCUCAUUCCAUUUCUUCUUACUUCAGGUUUUUGGAUCUAGUACGUUUGCUAUUUUUUUGGUCUAUUGCCACCGAGCGAUGGUAAGUAGAGUUUAUUUUUAACUAUAAUUAGUAUCACCCGAAUCGUUGGCAGCCGGUUAGAAGGCCAUUAACCCAGGGAUAUCUUUUCAGGCAUGGUCUCCAUAGUUGCAUGCACGUAAACUGGCCCUGGCAAUGUGAUUUGGAUCGUAAUUGGAUAGAAUACGAUAGGAAUCAAUUAGGAAACGGGUAAAAAAUGAGCUGAUCUGUGUUUCUAAUACGGAUUCUGCGAUUCUUUUGUCUCUGUGUAUGUAAGCUACGCCGCUGGUGUCCCUGUUCGUGUUUUUUUCCUAUCCCUCGUUGGGAGGGCAGCCGCAUAUGCUGCUUUAAUUGCUCUUCAUUAGAGAAUCAUAGUGAGGGGACACCUGAGAAAUAGUGGGAUGGGUGGAGCAUCCUCUCCACCCUAUGUUAUACAUAUGGAUAGAACAAGUGUCGUGGUCUGCUGGUCAGUGUGCCCAGUGCAAGCAGGUGUAGUGGCGCACUGACAUUCUGCCGCAUGUUUUGAUGGAGGAGGUUUCAGUUGUAUGUUUCAACUGGUACUCGUUUUUUAGAUAAAUUUAGUCAUUUCUAGGCACUGUCCCAGGAGAUGCUUAUGUCCUUGGACCAUGGAGUCUCGGUGGCUGAUCAAAACUUCAAUCACACCUUGAACAUAUUCGUUGGCCAUUGGAUUUGGAUUUUCAAUGACAAAUGAGGCACUGAACUCACGUUUCUUGUAAGGUGGUUUCAUGCAAUUUAUCUCCAUGGUUGGCAAUCCAGGUAAUCUGAGGUUGCGUACACUCGAGCGUGCAAAGGACACGUGCUUGUAACAAUAAAAUUAGAAGGCUGCCUCUUUGUUUAUAACAGGCCUACUUUACUCACACCUACUAAUUAUGCGCUUGAUUGAUAUUUUGGAUUCUGGUCUUUCAUGUAAUCGCUGGACUGUAGUUCUAGAGUAUCUAUUUACACCAUGCUUGUACUCUUUGUUGACGGUUUCAACCUGCAUGAGUCAUUCGUUGUUAGCUGCUCUGUCUUUAACUAUGCGCACUAGUUUUGUCUGGCGUAUUUGGGCACCUGAUUGGAUGGAUUAUCCAGUCAUUCCCGUCCCUGCAGCGUGCGCAGGCAGCAGUUAGCUGUACUAAUUGAGUGUUCUUUGCGGUACUUGGCCAGACGUUCUCUACUGCAGCCGACAACCAGACUCAAGUCGGAAUCCGCGUUCUUCAAGGAGAGCGUGAGAUGGCUUCGGAUAACAAGCUCUUAGGGGAGUUUGAGCUCGUCGGCAUUCCACCUGCUCCCAGAGGGUUGCCUCAGAUUGAGGUCACCUUCGACAUCGACGCGAAUGGGAUCGUCACAGUCUCGGCCAAGGACAAGUCCACAGGCAAGGAGCAACAGAUCACCAUCAGGUCUUCCGGCGGCCUCUCGGAGGAUGAGAUCCAGAAGAUGGUGAGGGAGGCCGAGUUGCAUGCCCAGAAAGACCAGGAGAGGAAGGCGUUGAUUGACAUCAGAAACAGCGCGGACACUACGAUCUACAGCAUAGAGAAGAGCCUGGGCGAGUACAGGGACAAGAUACCCUCGGAGGUUGCUUCUGAGAUCGAGUCCGCUGUGGCCGACCUGCGGAAGGCCAUGGGGGAGGAGAACGUGGACGAGAUAAAGGCUAAGCUGGAUGCGGCGAACAAGGCGGUCUCCAAGAUUGGGCAGCACAUGGCCGGGGGCUCGGGUGGGUCCGCCACCGGCGGUGGAGCAUCAGGUGGCGGCGACCGGGCCCCGGAGGCGGAGUAUGAGGAGGUCAAGAAGUGA